CCUCGGUACCUGGACCGCAUCUCCAGAUCGGUUGUGAGAUAACUAUCACGACUCCUCAAUUCAAUAUGAUGAUUUCUCCCACAUUGUGGUGGACGCGCCAGAUCCUCACCUUGAGAAACAUCCCAACUUCCAACGAGCAUCCACGGUACAACCCAGAUUUCCAACCAAGAUGAGCUCUCGACAGAAAAUCCGGACAACCCUGACGGACCUGUUUGGCGUGAAGCAUCCUGUGAUGCUCGCCGGCAUGGGAGUCGCGGCAGGGCCAAAGCUGGCAGCGGCGGUCACUAACGCUGGCGGCAUCGGUGUCAUUGGGGGCCACGGGUACAGUCCAGACGGUCUUCGUGAACAAAUCAAUGAGCUCAAGUCGUACUUGAACGACAAGGACGCGCCUUUUGGCGUCGACAUUCUGCUUCCUCAGGUGGGAGGCAACGCACGCAAGACAAACUACGACUACACCAAAGGCAAACUGAUGGAACUCAUCGAAGUUGUGGUCGAGUCCAAGGCCCGCGUCUUCGUUUCUGCGAUCGGAGUGCCCCCGAGGCAGGCCGUGGAUCGUCUCCACGCCGGCGGGGUCUUGUACAUGAACAUGAUCGGGCACCCCAAGCACGUCCAAAAGUGCUUGGAUCUGGAUGUGGAUAUCCUGUGCGCCCAAGGAGGGGAAGCUGGUGGCCACACCGGCGACAUUCCCUUUUCUGUUCUGAUCCCGUCUGUGGCAAAACUGCUCAAGGGGAAAAAAAGUGCUUUCACCGGCGUCGAUGUUCAGCUCGUCGCAGCUGGUGGUGUUUCCGGCGGUGAGAGCUUGGCUGCGGCUUUGAUGCUGGGGGCUUCGGGUGUUUGGGUCGGAACGAGAUUCAUUGUUGCCCAUGAAGCCGGUGCAUCGAGGGCUCACCAAGACGCGGUCUUGAGUGCGACUGUCGACGACACUAUCAGGAGUGUCAUCUUCUCGGGACGACCGUUGCGGAUACGUAAGACUCCAUACAUCCUUAACUGGGAAGAGAAUCGGCAGGAGGAGAUCAAGUCAUUAACCGGGCAAGGCAUUCUCCCGGUCCAAAAUGACGCAGAGUUACGUCCGGAUGAUGAAGAUGUCCUGGACAAUCUACACCCGUAUCUCAUGGGCAUUGUGGCUGGCACGGUGAACUACAGAAGUAGUGCAAGGGAAAUUGUGGACGAGAUCGUGGAUGCUGCAGCAGAAAAACUCCGGUUGGGGAGUGUUAUGCUUGUCAAUGAGCCGAAGCUAUGAAGCAGAGGAGCUGCACUUGUGGCUGUGAC